GGCCGCCUGCUGCGUCCGCCGGGGGCGGGGGAUAGUGAUUCCGGGCUGACCACGAGCAGGGCGCGCUGGGCUCGCGUGUGCGCGGGGUUGGGGCCGAGCGCGCGUCACAACCAGGUCCGCAAGCCCAUCGCCUCAGGGACGGCUGGCCGCUCCCUUUCUGGCCGCUCCUCGGUCGGGCCCUCGCUGGAGGCUCAGCGGCGAAUUUGGUAGCUGUCCGGGCGCCCUGCGCUCCAGUCGGGCAGAUUCCGGGGGCCCACAAUAGGUGCCGCCCUCUCGGCGGCCCGUCCCUGCCCAGCGCCCUCCGACAGGGGCGGUGCUGGCUCAGUUUGGGACGGAUACUGCGUUGAAUUUGACUUUUCUCGACCGGCCCCGGGUAAACUCGCAUCUCCUGGGACCACAAGGAUUAUUUACAGGGAGCUCGCCAACCAAACACAACAGUCUAAUUUAACCUUUCCAAGUCCUCGUAAAUUUUUACAGCUGGGAGCCACGACGAGUCAAACGGAUCUGUUGGUCGUUCCCAACUUCCCACCAGCCUGUGUGGCUUCUGAAACAAUAACUCCUUAUGAAAUAUCAUAAAUAUAGAUUUAAAUACAGUAGAGCGAGAAUGCGAUUUGGCUGCCUUUUUAUGGCUUCAAUUAUUGUCUAAUUUUAUGUGAGGGGCUCCGCCGGCCGCACUUGCACGCGGGACCCGCGCCUUGCUGAUGGCGUGAUUAAUUGUGAUGUAAAAUAGUCCGCUUAAGAAGUGUAUGUCUGGUGGUGGCGGUGGGAGGGGAAGAGAGUACAGCGGCAAGGCCAAAUUUGAUCUUUUAAUCUUCGUUGGCCACAAUUAAAACAAACCCGAUCGUGGAGCGCUGCGAUCCCUUUGCAUAAAAACAUAUGGCUUUUGCUAUAAAAAUUACGACUGCAAAACACUGGGCCAUUAAUAGCGUGCGGAGUGAUUUACGCGUUAUUGUUCUGCCGGGCGGGCACGUGACGCGCGCGGCCAAUGGGGGCGCGGGCGCCGGCAACUUAUUAGGUGGCUGUACUUCCCCCUGGUGCCACCAAGUUGUUACAUGAAAUCUGCAGUUUCAUAAUUUCCGCGGGUCGGGCCGGGCCGGCCGGGCGCGGGGCACGGCGAUGGCCACCACCGGGGCCCUAGGCAACUACUACGUGGACUCAUUCCUGCUGGGCGCAGAUGCCGCGGAUGAGCUGGGCGCGGGCCGCUACGCGCCGGGAGCCCUGGGCCAGCCCCCCCGGCAGGCCGCGGCGCUGGCGGAGCACCCCGAUUUCAGCCCGUGCAGCUUCCAGUCCAAGGCGGCGGUGUUUGGCGCCUCGUGGAACCCGGUGCACGCGGCGGGCGCCAAUGCGGUGCCCGCGGCAGUGUAUCACCACCAUCACCACCACCCUUACGUGCACCCCCAGGCGCCCGUGGCGGCGGCGGCGCCGGACGGCAGGUACAUGCGCUCCUGGCUGGAGCCCACGCCCGGCGCGCUCUCCUUCGCGGGCUUGCCCUCCAGCCGGCCUUAUGGCAUUAAACCUGAACCGCUGUCGGCCAGAAGGGGUGACUGUCCCACGCUUGACACUCACACUUUGUCCCUGACUGACUAUGCUUGUGGUUCUCCUCCAGUUGAUAGAGAAAAACAGCCCAGCGAAGGCGCCUUCUCCGAAAACAAUCCUGAGAAUGAGAGCGGCGGAGACAAGCCCCCCAUCGAUCCCAGUAACCCGGCUGCCAACUGGCUCCACGCUCGCUCCACGCGGAAGAAGCGCUGCCCCUAUACAAAACACCAAACGCUGGAACUGGAGAAAGAAUUUCUGUUCAAUAUGUACCUCACCAGGGACCGCAGGUACGAGGUAGCACGACUGCUCAACCUCACCGAGAGGCAGGUCAAGAUCUGGUUCCAGAACCGCAGGAUGAAAAUGAAGAAAAUCAACAAGGACCGAGCAAAAGACGAGUGAUGUGACUCAAGUUAAUUUGAAAAGAGAGCGAGCUAGAGAGAGAGAACUGCCCGUCCCCUUCUCCUAACCCCCACCCCACCCCGGCCUCCACCACCCCGCAGAAAGCGGCUCUAAACUCCAGGCCUCAUCUCCCCCUGGCAAACCCUGCUCAGGCUGGUUCCUUGGCCUGCCGCUUUGAUGGAGGAGGUAUUGUAAGCUUUCCAUUUUCUAUAAGACAGAAAAAAGUGGGGGGCAUUAGCGCUGAUGGCUGUAUGUGCUAGCUUGUAUAUAUUUUUUAAAAAUCUACCUGUUCCUGACUUAAAACAAAUAAACAAACAAAAAAAACUACCUUUUUAUAAUGCACAAGUGUUGACGGCGGGCUGUAUAGUGUUUAGUCUGUGUAGUUAAUUUAAUUUGCUUUUUGUGCGGCAGAGCGAUCUGCCCAGAUACUUGAACACUGUGUUUUAUUGUGGUAAUUAUGUUUUGUGACUCAAACUUCUGUGAUGGGUGAUGCACCCGUUGUGAUUGUGAAAGCUAGAAUUCGAUUUGAACUCAGGUUGUUUAUGAGGGGAGAAAGCAUUGCAUAGGGGUAUAGCUCUGUAGUGGAAUAUGUCUUCUGUAUAACUAGGCUGUUAACCUUUGAUUGUAAACUAGCUGUAAGGAUUUCCCAGUGAAAUAAAAUUUUAAAAAAAGAAAAGAAAGGGUUCUCCUGGACGCAUAGAUUCAUGGUUUUCUCCAUUUUUGAAAUGCGGACAUUUUAGUCUCUACAUGCUCUAUAGACCUGUCUUGUCCAUUGUGUAUAUAUAAUCCACAUAUUAAAGAAAAAGUAAUCAAACAAGUUUGAAUAUUGUUUUUGCACCAAACAGUGAGGAAACUUGGAGCUAUACGUAUGUGCAGAAGGUUACUACCUAUGGUUUACGUUUAAUUUUAAUUGGGGGAAAAUGAAUGCUUAUUGUAAUGGAGUUAAUUUUAUUGAUAAUAAAUUAUACACUAUGAAACCGCCAUUGGGCUACCGUAGAUUUGUAUCCUUGAUGAAUCUGGGGUUUCCAUCAGGCUGAACGUACACUGUAUAUUUUGCAAUAGUUACCUCAAGGCCUACUGACCAAAUUGUGUUGAAAUAUUUAACUUUUUGCCAAAUAAAAUAUUGAUUCUUUUCUAA